CUUGCCAGCCAGCCGCAAGGGGAUUAUCUGUGAGCUCAGUUAUGCAGCUGCAAAUACUCUUGCACUGGCUGGAGUGCCUUAAGACCUUUUGUGUUGUAAAGCCAGCAAGACAGCAAGGAUUGAACUACUCUGAGCUCUCACAUCUCCUGUGAAGGACACCAAAUUCAACCAACUUUAGCAACUCAUCCUCAGAACAAAGGAACAAAUAGACCUGGGCUGUGGUGUCAGUCCUAGUGUGGUGUCUACUUGCCUGGUCUCCACUUCAUCCAGUCUCACCAGGGGAGUGUUUGCAAGUGAAGAUGAACAGUGGAAUUCUUUUCUUGUCCCUCCUUGGCUUCCUCCCACUCGUGAUACCCAUAUGCCCUGUGCCAUGCAAGUGUGCCACCAACAUUAUUGACUGCACGUCAAAAGACCUAACUGUAGCAAAACUACCAGUUGCAUUUCGCCCUUCGGCUGAAAUUAUCCAGCUUGGUUACAACAGGCUCACCUCUAUUCCCAAUGGGCUCUUUGACAACCUAAAGAGCCUCCAGGUAGUCUACCUGCAGGGCAACCCUUGGGAGUGCAACUGUGACAUCCUCUACCUGCGCUCCUGGCUCCAGUGGCAGCAGAACCGAACCUUAUACAGGGAUGUGAGAUGCAGCUCCCCAGCUCACCUGCAGGACCGGAUCAUUGCCUAUCUGACAGAAGAAGAGAUCAUCUCCACAUGCCAGUACUGGUACUGCAGCCUGGCUCUCCUCUCUCAGCUCUGUCUCUUCAUCCUCCUUUUCCUCCAGGGUAUCUUGGUUAUCUUCAUUGUUGUCUACCUGCAAAAAUUUCGGAGAAUGACCGCUGAAGCCUGAGGUACCACCCGGGAUCUAUACCAGCACGUAGACACCUGGGUACCUUCUUCAAGUAGCCCCUACAACAGUGAUUAGCAUCGCCAGACUGAAGACCCUGCCUUCCCCUUGGGUGAUGCUGUGCUAAAGUCAUGUGGUUUUUGACAUCCAGAGGGGACAAUUCAAUGCAGCAUCUGAUCCUGACUGCAGAACGAAGCAGGACUUGAACUGAUCAGACGCUUGCUGUAUUUCCAAAGACCUGAUCUUGUAUUUUUUAAUGCUUUAAACUCUUUAGCAUGGUCUUGAUUGCUUUGCUGAGCUGGGAGUGGUUCUGGUUUGGUAGACUAAGGAAAUCAUAUACUACAGCAACCAGAACUGACUCAAACUGCUUGUAAGCUUGUAGGGACUAUGGUGCUUGAUCCCUCCUCUGCUAGAGUAUUUCAGCCAUACUUUCCAUGAUGCUUCUGGUCGCAUUGGGUCAGGUGAGGACAGAGGUGGGCAGUGAACAGUUAAGGUAUUGGACUAGGGCAAUGGAGAAGUACAGUUUCCUUGGUGCUACUGCAGAUUGCCUUAGUAACUUUGGACAAGUGACUUGGUCUUCUCCUGCCUCCGUUUCCCAUCAGUGAAAGGGAAAGGAUGUUUAUUCUUGCUUGAUGCAUCUUUCCCAAUGUUCUUCUGAGGGAGGGAGGGAAUGUUUAGAAGCCUAGCCAUUUGCCCUAUCUUCAUUCCUUUUAAUCUACUUCUAGUUUUAAUACUGACUUCAACACCUAUUGAGUCAGUCUGGGGCCCCAAAUGUUUAUGAGAAAUUUACACUGAAACCAAAAGUUGUUGAAACCAGAGGCUCUUUCUGACUGUGCUUGUAGGGCACCUGGCACGAGAGCUCCAGAGGUCUUUAGAGUCUCAAACUGCAAAACCCACUCACUGACGUGCCUACUGCUGGUUAUCAUAGAAUCAUUUUGCUUGGAAAAGACCUUUAAGAUCAUCAAGUCCAACCGUUAAGGUAACACUGCCAUC